ACGAUACAUCGUUCAUUUGUUUUUUUCUGCUGUCACAUGACAAUUCCCUUUUGACUGGAGCCUUGCUUUUUUCGUUCAUUUCAUCUUUCUAAAUAAAAUUUACUGACAAAAAAAUGGCUAUUGCCGCAGCGAAAGGAAGACUCAUAGCCGUGAUUGGUGAUGAGGACACUUGUGUUGGUUUCCUUUUGGGUGGUAUCGGCGAAAUGAACAAAAACAGGCAACCAAAUUUUAUGGUUGUUGACAAGAACACCAGCAUCAGUGAAGUCGAGGAUUGCUUCAAGCGUUUUCUGAAGAGGGAUGAUAUUGACAUUAUCUUGAUCAAUCAGAAUGUAGCUGAAAUGAUCCGACAUGUGAUUGAUAAUCACAAUGAACCAAUCCCGGCAGUGCUUGAAAUUCCUUCAAAAGAUCACCCAUAUGAUGCUUCAAAGGACUCUAUUCUGCGUAGAGCCAAAGGAAUGUUCAGCGCCGAAGACACCAAAUAAUUGCACGAACCCAUCGGCGCGUAGAACAUUUUCCCUAAAUAGCUUUCUUUUUGUUUGUGUUGUUGUUUCUUUUAUACAUUCCUGUCCUUGUUUCAAAUGAAACUUAAAUAGAGCAAUCAAAGGUACUUGUU